AUGCUUGGUUUCGUCGGCCACUUCACUGACGCCCUGUGGAGACCGAUGGCGUCUUAUCACGAGGAUAUGUCUAACCGCCAUUUUAUCUUUCUUCACUGCUUUCUUCCAUUUCUCUUCCGUCUUUGUUUUACUCAGUCCCUCCCCGCUAUUCUGGCUGUCCUUUCGCCAUUCGUCAGUGCUGGCUGUGCUCCCGAGUUAAUUUCCUGCACUCUGAUACCACGUGACCUUAAACGCUGUCCUCAGACCAAUUUUCAUUUCAUUCGUCGACAUUUUCUGUUAUUCAUCGUUCGUCGAGGCAUCUCUCCUUUCUGUUUCACCUUAAACACCUCCCCUUUUCUUUCACCAUACCUGCCCCCAUCCUCUUUCACCUUACACACUCUCUUUCUCUCUUUCACUUUACACACCUCCCCUUUCUAUUUCACCUUACAUACCUCCUCUCUAUUUCCCCUUAGACACUUCCUCUCUCUAUUUCACCUUACAUGCUCUUUCUCUCUAUUUCAUCUUACAACCGAACUCUCCAUUCCUUCUUUUCAUUAUUCCUGUUUCCAUUCCCUUUAUUCUCUUCUUUUUAAAAUCGACACAAUUCCCGCUUCUUUUUGCCGCUUCAAAUCUAUUUUCUUCUUCCUCUUCCUCCUAUUCUUCUCCUUCCUCCUCUUCUUCUCCUUCCUCCUCCUCCUCCUCUUCUUCUUCUUCUUCUUCCUUCAAAUCUAUUUUCUUCUUCCUCUUCCUCCUCUUCUUCUCCUUCCUCCUCUUCUUCUUCUUCCUCUUCCCCCUCCUCUUCUUCUUCUUUCUCCUCCUCCGCCUCCUCUUCUUCUUCUCUUAACACUUCAAACCUAUUUUCUUCUUCUUCUUCUUUGUUGUUUUCUUCUUCUUCUUCUUCUUCUUCUUCUUCUUCUUCUUCUUCUUCUUCUUCUUCUUCUUAAAACUUCGAAAAUAAAACGAAGCUUCAAACCUAUUUUUUCUUCUCCUUCUUCUUCUUCUUCUUCUUCUUCUUCUUCUUGA